AUGGCUUACGGUUCCCGCUGCUGGAAGUUAUUUGAAAAUCGAGAAUCAGGGAUUCACAAUAGAGAAAUCAGGGCUUUGCAUUGCAGGGUAACAUUCUCUCCGCAUCGUUUUGAUCUGCUACUUUUGUUCACUUUCUUCUACUUCAUCGUGUUCUCCUGCAUCUUCUCUAGGCAUCAGCAGUCUUGGUGCACUUUCCUCUUUUUCUUCACCUAUGUGGCCAUUCACUGCGACGAGACCGUGAUCCGUCACACAAUGGGCGUUAGAGAGCUGACACCUGCGCAGCUAGAAUUUUUCGAAGCUUGUCGUCGAGGUGAUGUUGAAAAAAUCAGAAACUGCAUCACAAGCAAGAAGAGCAAAAAGCCACGUACCCCUCUAAAUUUUUUGCGAACAGCACUUCCGUCACUUGGCUGGCUAGCUUCGUCCAAGGAUCCUUCAACGCUCUAUACGCCGUUGCACACGGCGGCUCUUCAUGGACAUUACCAAGUUUGCAAAAUUCUUCUUGAAUCCGACAAGCUCUUAUGUUCGGCCAGGGAUAAGCGGGGAUGUAUUCCAUUACACUUGGCGUCAUGGAAUGGUCACUACGAAGCUGUCAAGCUACUAUGUGAAUCUGAUCCCAGUAGUGUCGAUGCUGUGAACAAUGCUCAGGAGUCAUCUCUGCAUUUAGCCGCUCAGCACGGCCAUGAUCUACUUGUUCGUGUCCUUCUUGAGCAUCAUGCAGACCCACGAAUAAGAAAUGCACGCUUCGAAACUCCUUUAGACGUAGCCGCUCGGACCGGACAUGCCGUUGUGUGCAAAAUUCUAGUCGCUUUUUGCCCAGAGCUUACUUUACAGUCAGCAGUUGAUUGCUCAUCAACUGGUGAAAGUGGCCAGAUCCGUGCGCCAGUGGUCUACCCUUUGCAUGCAGCUGCCAGGCACUCGCACAUCCAGUGUUUGCAGAUACUUCGACUGGGUGGUUUUGACAUUGACUUUGUCACUGAUGAAGGCUCAGCUCUGCAUGUUGCCGCAAUGUUUGGACAAGUGGAAGCGGUGAAGUAUCUGACCAAUGAAGGAAUCAAUCCACACGUACGAGACAGCAAAGGUCGAACUGCAUUAGAACUUUUGCGAGAACACGAACAACACCGCACAUCGGAUCUGACACAUAUCAUCCAAAGUCGCGAAGGUUGGAGUGAAUGUCGACAAAUAAUCGAAGGGUAUAUAAAACGGCUGGAAUCUGAUCAUUUCAAUUCGUCCAGCGAUUCGGGUAUAGACAGAAGGGAUUCAGAGCGAAGUGUUGUCGAUGACGACGCUGGCUGCGACGUUUGGCGGCCCUUACCAUCUGGCGCUUUAGCCGAUUAUAUGGUAAAACCAUCAAGCAGGGCCUUCAACUCAAUGCCAUCUAGCAACAGAUCUAACCCUGCGGAAAUAAUGGUCUCUGUCGAUGCUGUGUGCGGUGCUCCCAGCAUGAGUUCACAGCCAGAAUGUGGGGCUCCAUUAAGUGACACGACCCCAACAUUCACUUGGUCCCACGCACAUGUUGCACCUCAUCGGACAUGGAACAGUCGUAUGUACGACGCGGAGCGGGGAUAUUGCUUAGCGAGAUUAGGGACUGAUAAGGCUAGAAUCGCUUUUGAACAAGCGUUGGAAUUGCAAAAUGACAAUAUUCCAGAAUUCAACGAUUGCUGGAUAUGUCCUACGACGUCAUAUAUUUUGCGCCAACCAGCCGUGAUUGGUUUAUGCUUCUCUAAUAAGCUUAGAAGGCAAAGUUCCAUCAAAGCGAAGUCGCAGUAA